GGCGUGUGGUGCCUUACCUGUAGGCAGGUACCAGCCGCGCGCCCGGAGAAACGCCGUCUGUUUGUCUCCCUCAGAGGCUAAUAAUUGGCUUGUCUUGCUUUUAAUUGACUUUUAUUUUAAAGGAGAACUUUAACGCAUUUUAAGUAAAGCAGGCGGGCCUAAAUAAGCGCAGGGUUGGAAGACGCCGCAAUCCUUCCAAGAUUUUUUGUUUAAUCGACGCUUUUUAAAGGAACACCUUCCAUUCGGUCGACAUGUUGUUCGUUGUUGUUUUAACUCUCUGUCUACAGGCAACAGGCACGUUCUCACAGACGUUCUCAGUGACGACUUCAGAUCCGAAUCCCAGUGUUCCUGAGAACUCGGGGGUUCAACUCAAAUGUGCUUAUUCCUCUGAUUUUGGGACCCCCAGAGUUGAGUGGAAAUUCAAGAAUAUGCAAGGGUCCCAAGGAUAUGUUGUCUAUGACAAUAAGCCCACGGAAAAGUAUGUGGGCCGUAUCGACGUUUACAAUGGUGGACUGACGUUCAACAAAGUGACCCGGCAAGAUAACGGGGAUUAUAGCUGUGAGGUCUCCGGCAACAAUGGCUAUGGGGAGGUUCAAAUCAAACUAACUGUGCAAGUGCCCCCAUCUGUGCCCAUGUGUGGCAUCCCUUCCACGGUUACCACAGGGACACGCGUAGUCCUGACAUGCCUAGACAAGGACGGGUCCCCACCGAGCACUUACAAGUGGUAUAAGAAUGGCACCCCCAUGCCGGAAGACCCUAGCAAGUUUAACAAUUUCAAAAACUCUACCUACAGCAUCCACCCCCAGAUUGGCCAUCUGACCUUUGCCAAUGUGGCGAAACUGGACUCGGGGGACUACUACUGCACUGCCACUAAUGGCAUUGGCUCUCCGCAGAGUUGUGCCUCAAUGCGCAUGGAAGUCAAGGACCUCAAUACUGGGGGCAUUGUGGCUGGUGUCUUGAUAGCCCUGCUUGCAGUGGCACUGCUGAUAUUUGGACUGUGGUUUGCCCGCCGCAAAGGAUACCUUCCCAGAAAAUCUACACAAAACAACAAGCUAGUAUAUGCACAGCCAGCCGCCAAUUACCACGAUGAUGCAGAUGGAGAAUUCAAGCAGAAGUCAUCGUUUGUGGUGUGACGGCCAGCUGGGCGGGGAUCGACUGACGGCACUGUGCCGCUGGGAAGUCGUGUGGGAACUGGCUCGUUGAUCAUUUGUAAUUAUUUUUUUCCCCCAUUUUGCGUUUUUUAAUUGAGUGUCUUGUAUCCUGCUAUCAUGUUACAUUUAUGGCUAUUAGUCCAUUUUGUUGGGAGUGGCAAAAUGAUGUGUGUGUGGUUUAUUUUGAUAUUUUUUACAGGCUGUUACAUGCAAAACUAUUGCCUCUUGUACUGAUGUUAUUCUCACUUUUUUCCGUCUAUUGGUCAACUUAUUUUGGAUGUGCACAAAAAAGACCCUUUUGCAGAUAUUUAAACAGAAUACACACCAAAAAAAGAGAGAAAUUAGUGAAUCUGACUACACCAGCCACCUAGCACUCAUUAUACAUCCCUCAUUCCAAGACUAAAAAAGCAUAAACCUGGAAUAACCGGUGCCAGUCAACACUAGUGAUAGCAAAAUGGAACUGAGGGCGGUGGCUACUAAAUCUGUAAAAAUGUCACCUCUGUCAUGAAGGAGAUCUUCUCUGGUGUUCGGGGAGUAAAUGCAUGCAAGGACUGUGCUAUGUUGUAGCAUUGUCUCAUUGGGUAUAAUCGCAACGCUAUCCCUAAGCAUCAAACCAAUGCUUUAAUUUGUAGUGUUUUCUGAUUAGUGUGCUGAAUGAAGUGUUGGCCACUUAAUCUAUACCGGACAAAAUGAUAGGUGUUUGGUUGUCAGGUACGCAGACCCAAGUGUUGGUAUGCCAACAAAACUCAUGAGUUAAAAAUAGCUGUCUUCCUGCUGUAUGACUUACUGUUACAUCUCUCAUUCUAUCACUGUGAUAUUUGACUUUUUAAGGAUUCCUUUAAUAUAUAUGUAUGAGUUGAUUGAAGGUCAUUGUUAAUAUCAGAGCCCAUGAAAUAGCUUUUUAGAAAUAUGCUGUGACAAUGUGUUUGUUCACACUGGGGAGAACAAAUAGUCUUUAGUGUGUGACAACUUGAGUAACUUGGUCAUGAUUUUGUUAAUAAAUGUGUUUUACUGAA